UAAUUAAUUAAACACCCCAAAGACCAGAGAGCGCAAAAGGAGGGAAAACAAAACACAAAGCUCUAAAACCCUAAAACCCUAACAACAGAGUUUCCCUUUUUCUCUCUCUCCCUUUCCAAUUCUUCCCAAUUCCUUUUCUAUUUUCUUUCCUGUUUCCUUCACAAUAAUUGCUUUGCCCAGGCUUUUUCAUGGCUAGGCUUCUUCGAAACAUUUCUUCUAUAAAACGCACUCUACUUGUACCUGAGGAAUUAAGGAGAGGAAUCUUGGGGAUAUCUUCUCAAAUUUGCAAUUUUUCUACCAAAGCUCGAAGAAGAAGAUCCAAGUCGGAUGGAAGUGACUCUUGUGAAGACAGUAUGUCCAAGAAAGAGGUGGCUUUACAACAUGCCUUGGAUCAAAUUACAAGUGCAUAUGGAAAGGGAGCUAUCAUGUGGUUUGGCCGGUCCAUUGCACCGAAGGAUGUUCCAGUUGUGUCCACAGGUUCUUUUGCCCUUGAUGUAGCACUUGGAACUGGUGGACUUCCAAAGGGGCGUGUUGUGGAGAUUUAUGGUCCAGAGGCUUCUGGGAAAACCACUCUUGCUCUACAUGUCAUUGCUGAAGCACAGAAGCAAGGAGGUUACUGCGUCUUUGUUGAUGCUGAGCAUGCUCUUGAUUCAUCAUUGGCUCAGUCCAUCGGAGUAAAUACCGAAAACUUGCUACUUUCACAACCUGAUUGUGGCGAACAAGCUCUCAGUCUGGUGGACACUCUUAUCCGGAGUGGGUCAGUGGAUGUUGUGGUUGUUGACAGUGUAGCUGCCCUUGUGCCUAAAGGUGAGCUUGAUGGUGAGAUGGGUGAUGCUCACAUGGCAAUGCAAGCUAGAUUGAUGAGCCAGGCACUUCGCAAAUUGAGCCACUCUUUAUCUCAGUCAGAAACUGUUUUGAUCUUCAUAAAUCAAGUGAGGGCAAAGCUUAGUACUUUUGGAGGAUUUGGUGGACCCCAGGAAGUAACAUGUGGCGGUAAUGCUCUGAAGUUCUAUGCUUCAGUCCGCCUAAACAUAAGAAGGGUGGGACUUAUAAAGAAAGGAGAAGAGACGAUUGGAAGCCAGGUUCAAGUAAAGAUAGUAAAGAAUAAGCUUGCCCCUCCAUUUAAAACUGUCCAGUUUGAGCUUGAGUUUGGCAAGGGAAUAUGUCGGGACUCAGAGAUCAUGGAGUUGGGGGUAAAACACAAAUUUCUCGGCAAGGCUGGUUCUUUUUACAAUUACAAUGGCCAGAAUUUCCAUGGCAAGGAAGCCUUUAGAAAGUUUCUGGCUGAAAACGAUAAUGCACGGGAAGAGCUAGUGAUGAAGCUAAGGGAGAAGCUUUUGAAUGCCCACAUAGACAAAGGACAGGGAUCAGAAGUUACUGAUGAAGCACUUGUAGAAGAAACCAUUUCUCCUGAUUCUACUGAUGAAGAAGCAGUUACUGCAGUAGAAGCAUAGUAAGCAAACACAUCAAGAUUUAUUUUGGGGUCUACCUGCCAGAUUCUAUGUUGUAAUGCAGUUUUCUACUGGAUCAACAGCUCCAAUUUUCUGGUCAUUUUAUAUCACAGGGUAUUUCAGUGGGCACAAAUUGAUGGAAGGAUCAGAAAUGCCAUUGUUUCAGUCACUACUGACUAGACUAGACUAGACUAGCUGUCUUCAAUACACAAGUCGAUGGAAAUAUUAGAAAGGCCAUGGUGCGAUCUUAGUUUUCUUUGUAAUCUAAAAAUAUGUUAAUUUAUGAUGUAUAUUUUGGGUCGAAUGGGUGAAAGUUUUGUGGGUUCAAAAUGGAGCAGCUUGUGAGAUAUGCAGGCUGGGUAUCAAAUUUUCUUUAGAUGUUCAAAUCCGUUGUGUAAUGAGACGAACCUUAUUUUUAUCAAUGAAAUGCCAGAGAGAGAAUCUGUUUUGCUCA